CAUUGAUUUACCACAUAUGUUUUUUAUUUGUAUAACUUGAUCAUAAUACUUAAAAGUGCCAAUUUAUAGUACAAUAUUCAGUUUUACAAUAUUAAUUUUCCUGUUGCUGACAAAGUCUUAAAUUUGAUAACUAUUUCUUGUUCAAUGGAGAUAUUUAAGCUUGGUCAAAUUCGGACAUUUCUGAUGCCAAAACCUGUUAUACAAAUAGUAGCACACUGUUAUGCUACUAAUCCAUGUAAAAAAAAUGAUGGAAGCGGUGGUGAAAUAAAAAUGGGCAUCAAUGGCUUUGGACGUAUAGGUCGCCUUGUUUUACGACAUGCUGUAAAAUCUGGUGUUAAAGUCGCUGCUAUUAAUGAUCCAUUCGUAAAUGUUGAUUAUAUGGCCUAUCUGUUGAAGUAUGAUUCAACUCAUGGGAGGUUCAAUGGGAAAAUAGGAACAGAAGGACGAUGUCUUGUAGUCGAUGGUCAGAAGAUAAUUGUUUAUCAAGAAAAAGAUCCCAAAAACAUUAAGUGGUCAGAAUCUGGAGCUGAGUAUGUAGCUGAAUGCACUGGUAUUUUUAAAACUCUUAAAAAGGCACAACCUCAUAUUGAUAAUGGUGCCAAAAAAGUGAUUAUUUCUGCUCCGUCUAAUGAUGCUCCAACAUUUGUUUGUGGAGUUAACCUCGAUGCCUACAAACCAGAAAUGAAUAUUGUAUCUAAUGCAUCUUGUACCACUAAUUGCUUAGCUCCUUUAGCGAAAGCCAUUAAUGAUGAAUUUGGAAUAGAAGAAGGACUCAUGACAACUGUUCAUUCAACAACCGCAACACAAAAAACUGUUGAUAGUCCAGCAAAGAAAUGGAGAUCAGGGCGAGGUUCCAUGCAAAAUAUAAUACCAGCAUCAACAGGUGCGGCAAUUGCUGUUGGUAAAGUCAUACCAGCCUUAAAUGGAAAACUAACAGGAAUGGCUUUCCGGGUACCAACUCCAAAUGUAUCAGUCGUUGAUCUCACAGCAAAAUUAUGUAAAGAUGCAAAAUUUGAUCAAAUAAAAGAGGUUAUGAAAACGGCCGCACAAUGUGAUAUGAAGGGUAUUUUGAAAUAUUGUGAAGAAGAAGUUGUAUCUUCUGACUUCAAUGGUGACACACAUUCUAGUAUUUUUGAUGCUAAAGCUUGUAUACAAAUGUCAAGUAAAUUUGUAAAACUUAUAUCAUGGUAUGACAAUGAAUUUGGCUACUCAAUGAGAAUAAUUGACUUGAUCAAGUUCAUUAAAAAACAAUCCUAAGUAGAUUCAAAUAAGACUGAAACUUAUUAGAAGCCAAAGAUGAAAUGAAAUAAAUUGUAUACUGAAAACUAUUGUA